AUGGAGAAGAAUAAAGGAAAUUCACAUUUUUCUAUCGUUUCAAAGAAAAAGAUGGAAUUAGAAUCCGAUGUGUUUGUUGUGCGUGAGCGGAUGAAGCCUUCGGACAACGCGCACAAUAAUCCACAGUUAGGGAUGACUGAGUUGGAGCUAAGAGGUUCUAGUCAGCGACCACGGUGGACAGGUUUACUCUCAUGUCUGAAACAUAUCACGUGUCUGAGGCAGGGUCUCACUGCGGUGCUUUUUUAUUGUUUAGGGCUCUCCCUACUUUCACUUUUUUUGGUUUGGCUUGUCGAUGACCUCAGUGGAAGAGCCGAUGAGACGGACAAUAUGCAUCGUUUUGCCCCACACAUGACGACGGCCAAAAACGGCAUCUUCACCUUUCAUGGCAACGACUACGUGACACUUGUCAUGCCAACCAGUGGAGACGCACUGGAGCUCGUUCACCAGUCUGUUUCUCACACCUCCCCGCUUGUGAGGGCGUUGUGUGCGUCGAACAACUCAUCCUCGUCUCAUUCCAUGCUGAAUGUCGUUGUUGUGCAACUAGUCGCCUUGAAAGGCUCGUUGCGGUCAAUUAUGAAUGAAAAGGAUGCACGACAAGAAGCGGAUGUUGAGGUGAAAAAUUGUGUCUGGUCGCACUGGCGUUUCCCCGUUUCUUCUAUGGAAACACCCAUUUCAGACAAGACAGUUGCAUUCUGCCGCAUCGCGGAGGUGCGACUCCUUCUGCCUGUAGCCUCUGCUGCUGAUAGAACGCGUGUAUGUCUUAGUGGCAUUGGAAAUAAGGAUGUGACGCCGGAAGAGUGGUUGUACGACGCCGCGGUGAAGGCUGGAUUAAAGGCCUGCAGUACACGAACACCAUACUUUGCGGUGCUUGCUGACUCGCUUGUGCCGCUCGGGGUGAUCAAGAGGGACGGCGCUGCGCACGAGUUUGAGAAAGAGGCAAGAGAAGCAGGAUUUAUUCAGCGUUUGCUGUCACCGCUGCGUCACAAUAACAGCCGUGUGGCGGCCGUUCAGUGCACAAUCAUAGCCGAAAACAGUGCGCAGAAUCAUUCUGCCGAGAAAAGAGAAUUUAAGGAGGAAGGACUUUACGACUUAAGACGUUAUGAGGUGCUUGACAGGGGUGUUCGAGGGGCAUUUGGUUCCACGGCAGCCGCCGCCGUGACGCGCUUCUUUCUGACGCAGCCUUUGCGUGGUCGCGACGCACGUGAUGGGCGAGUCCAGGGAUGGGAGGAGCCACUGGAUGGUGUUUCCCCAUUUUGUGCUCUAUGGCGGCGCGAUUUGUUUGAUGAGGCAGGGGGUUUUGUGCCCUCCCAUGGGAGUGGUGUGCUUGGCCCCUUGAGGGCUGCGGCACCGAGCCACAUGGGAUGGGAACUGUCAUUCCGAAUUUCGACAGCGCAACCCGAUUUGGGUUUUUGGAGUAGCACAGCGAUUGCCGUCGCUUGGCAUGGGUUGGGCCUGGGGUGCAGCCUCUAUCUGACGGAGGCGGAGAACUGUCGAGUAUCUGCUUUUCUCAGUGCCGCACGACCGUCGUAUGCGUUGUCCCCAGCACAGGCACAUCGGUGGGGUAUGUUUCUGACGAAGCGAAUUCGUCAGCGCGUAGCACGCGGCGUAUGGGAACCAGUCAAGUACAAUGCCCCUACCUUUUCCGGAGGGCGCUUUGCGGUGACCGCGAAUAGUGAACUGAUACACGUCACAGUGUACGGGGGCUACUGUGGGAUUCCGUGCUGCGGCAUGAUGAUGGAAAUGGUGCACUACCUUACACCGUUGCAGUCAUGGGGGGCGCCCUUCUCUAUGUCUCUCUCGCGUUGUUCAUGGUGCAAGGGUUUGCCUUGGUACGUUAUGGAUGGGCUUAUUCGAACACACUGGAAAGAGCCACGUGCCUUGCUGCCGCGGGUGCCACGGAUGCAGCGUGUGGCGUUGUUUCACGGCGGUGUAGGGGCGGCGCUAGAUAACUUUGGCAGAAGAAGGCCAAACGGUGUGUAUGCUGUUGGUCGCAUCAUCACCGAAAUGUCUCGCAUCUCUCCAGAGGAGGUAAAUCGCAUCCACAGAAACCUUGACGAGAUAUGGGUGCCUUCUCUCUUCUUCCAGUCUGUGUACAGUCGCUCCGGUGUGCGGCCUAGCAUGAUACACAUCAUCCCGGAGUCGAUUGACCCGUUUUUGUUUGACCCAGCUCUUUGCAAGCCAAUACAGGAGCCUUUCCUGGCAUCGCUAGUCAGUACGCUGGGAAAGGGGGUAUGGAUCAACCGCCCACUCCACGGAGACGUGCGGAAUCCCUGGAAACGACAGAGUUGGAACGCGAGCAAACGGCGUUUUCGGUUUUUGAGUGUCUUUAAGUGGGAGCAGCGCAAGGGGUGGGAUGUCUUGCUGAAGGCGUACUGGAAGGCUUUUGGUCCCGGCACGCCACAUCAUGAGGAUGUGGAGCUGUACCUUAAAUGCACCUUUCCUAGGCAUUUUGCUGAGGGUGUAAGCUACCACACGUUUCCCACGUUCAUUAAUAAAUGGGUGCAGCAUACAGCGGGGAUUGACGGCACCAUUGAGGACUUUCCGCCCAUUGUUUUGAUCGGUGUGGGGACCAUCUCGCAGGACGUCAUGCUGUCCAUCUAUCACUCUGUAGAUGCCUUUGUGCUGCCCACACGUGCGGAGGGGUGGGGCAUACCACUGAUGGAGGCCAUGUCGAUGGGGCUACCCGUGCUGGUAACAAACUGGGGGGGUCCCACAACGUUUUGCCGGCGCGAUAACUCCUUCCUCAUUUCUGUGGACGGCCUGGAGGAGUUAUCCAAGGGUAGCGUGUACGGCUAUGCACCUGGCAAGAAGUACGCCAUACCAAGCCUAACGGGGCUGACGGAGUUGAUGCGAUACGUCGUUGAUCAUCCCGCCUUAGCAAAGGAGGUGGGCCGCCGUGCACGUCAAAGUGUUCUGGCAAACUACACUGAAGAAGUCGUGGCGACUCAGAUGCUUUGGCGACUGCGGGAGAUUUCACGCAUGCUCUUGACACGGCAGCGUUACGCUCUCUCUGCGCACUUUCUUUGGUGA